AAUAAAACCGAGAGGAAAAAUAAAGAAUUGAAUGAUUCAAAAAUCUUUGGAGAGGGAAAUUGCCAAACCUCUCCUGAAAAUCUAAUAAAUCCAACCAUUCCUGGAGGGGGAAAUUACCAAACCUCUCCUAAAAAUUUAAUUAAUUUAAAAACCCUCGACGAGAGAAAUUACCAAUCCUCUCAAGAAGGGAAUAAUUCUAGGAUUUCGGAGGGAAAUUUCCAAACCUUGUCAGAAAAUCCUAGCUCCGUCGAUUGCGAGGAGGAAAAUUAUAAAACCUCACUACGUAUUUCGGCAAAACCUUAUUUCAAAAAAAGGAGAAGUCCUUUAUUCUCCCUAGAUAUCAAAUUUCCUAAGGUUGGAUUAUUUAAAGAAAAAAAUGAUAAUGAACUAAAAACCUCUCAUGUUGCAAUGAAAGACCUCCUUGAAGAGGCUCAAAAAUAUAAUUUAAAAAUUAAAAAUUCGAAUCUACGAAAUACUAAAAAUAAAAAUAAACCGUCUUCAAAAAUUCUUAUAUCCUUGUUGAAUAAAUCUCAAGAAAUUUUAGAAAAAUUUAUGCGGAAACGCAAAACAAGAUAUAAAAGAAAACAAGAAGUUGAUAAUUAUAAUUUGCAUAAUUGUCUAACAAUCUCCGAAGAAAAGGGAAAGAAUCGACCCGCCGAAAUCAUAGAAUCAUUGCGAUUAGAACAUUUAAAUGAAGCAGAGAGAAAAAGCAUUAUAAAAUUAAUAACGGACAGUCAAGAUCGAUUUCAUAUUCCUGGAGAAAAAUUAACCGCAACUCACGUAUUACAACAUCGAAUACCUACUACAGAUGACCAACCAAUAAACACUCGUCAGUAUCGAUUUCCGCAAAUUCAUAAAGAGGAAAUAAACAAGCAGGUAGAAGAACUGUUAGAAGGAGGAAUUGUAAAACACUCACAAUCACCAUAUAACACGCCUAUAUGGAUUGUACCUAAGAAAGAAGAUUCCAAAGGAAAUAAACGAUGGAGAAUGGUAUUAGAUUUUCGCGCUUUAAAUGAUAAAACUAUCGGAGACGCAUAUCCUUUACCAAAUAUCGUCGAUAUAUUAGACCAAUUAGGAGGAGCUCGAUAUUUUUCAGUAUGCGAUUUAGCAUCUGGAUUUCAUCAAAUAAAAAUGAACCGCGAAGAUGGUCAUAAAACAGCUUUCACUACUCCUUUUGGACAUUACGAAUUUGAUCGAAUGCCGUUCGGUCUAAAAAAUGCUCCGGCUACUUUCCAGCGCCUAAUGGACUUAGUGUUAACUGGGUUACAAGGCAAGGAAUUAUUUGUUUAUAUGGACGAUAUUGUUAUCUAUGCAACGUCUUUAGAAGAACACGAAAGAAAAUACAACGCUUUAAUGGAACGUCUUCGAGAAGCUAAUUUAAAAUUACAGCCAGACAAAUGCGAAUUUUUAAAAACGGAAGUAACUUAUCUGGGACACGUAAUCAGUAAAGACGGAGUAAAACCAGAUCCGAAAAAAUUAGAAGCGGUACAACGAUUUCCACGACCUAAAACACCUAAGAAUAUUAAACAAUUUUUAGGACUUGCAGGAUAUUAUAGACGCUUUAUACCGAAUUUUUCAAAAUUUGCCAAACCAUUAACAAAUUUAUUAAAAAACGACACCCGCUUCGAGUGGACAUCUGUGCAAGAAGAAUCUUUUGAAAUUUUAAAACAAAAACUAUGCGAAGAACCAAUACUGCAAUACCCAGAUUUUUCUAAACCAUUCAUUUUAACGACCGAUGCAUCUGGAAUAGCCGUCGGAGGAAUAUUAUCACAAGGAGAGAUAAACAAAGACCUACCGAUAGCAUACGCCUCACGAACCUUAACAGAUAAUGAAUUAAAAUACGAUACAUACGAAAAAGAAGCACUAGCUAUUGUAUAUUGCGUUAAACAUUUUCGACCAUACUUAUACGGAAGAAAAUUCACUUUAGUUACAGAUCAUAAACCAUUGAUGUGGUUUAAAAACGCACAAGACGCAAAUAUGCGAAUACUUCGUUGGAGAUUAAAAUUAGCAGAAUAUGAUUAUGAGGUUGUAUACAAAGCGGGAAAAACAAACGUAAACGCAGACGCAUUAUCCAGAAAUCCUGUAAAUAUCGAAGAAAUAGAUUGUAAAAUUAUAAAAAACAAGAAACUUUUAAACCCAGAUAACCCUAAAGAUGCACGAUUAAUUGCCGAACUAUUAGAAAAAUCCGAUAGCGAAGAAGAAGAAGAAGGAGAUGACGAUUUCAAUUUAUAUCUUUCCGAUAUGGAAGAAAACGAAGAAAUAAUAGCUGAAAGCGAUUUAUUAAAUAACAAUAACGAUACUCUUCCAUUUACACAAACAGAAUUAAACGAACCAGAUUAUUUAUCAAUUACCGAAAAAGCUUUAAUACACGAUCCUCCUAAACAAAAUAAAAUUCAAACGAGAAGCCGAACUGCAAGGCAAAGUAUUGAGCAAAAUAAAAUAAUCAACGAAUUGCAUAGUGACGAGGGAGAGAUCGAAGAAAUCGAAGAAAGAAAUGAUCCGCCUGAUAAAAUUUCUGACAGUGAAAAAGAAGACGAAGAAGAAAACGAACAAAAUAUUAUUAACAAAAAUUUAAAAUCAAGAAAAACGAAAUCUGCAUUUAUUGAAAAUAGAACAACUCAUGGUAAUGUCAUAGACUCUCGAGAAUUAUUAUUUUUACGAAAAGAUAAUAUAGUAUAUUUUGUUGACACCCAAGGAAGAUCUUUAGAUUCAGGCUCACAAAAACUUUUCGAAAGAAAAGAGCUUCCAAAUCUAGGAUCCCUUGUUCUAGGAAAGGUUAAGGCCAUAAAACAUAAAAAUCAUUAUCAUGUGGCUUUACCUGUCAGCGAAGAACAACGAGAAGGCCCUACGGUUACUCUUAAACAAAUUGUUAAAAUCUUAACAGACUUACGGAAAAUAACCGAAGAUUUAAAAUUAGAAACAUUUAGUAUUGCAAAAACCGAGUUUAUUAAUAAUGUUCCAUGGAAUGACGUCAAAUCACAUAUACAAUCAAUAUUCACCGACGCUCCUACUAAAGUUAUUAUUUGCCACGGACUAAUUAAAUAUCCACCGAAAGAUUUACGUUCCGUUAUAAUCAGUGAAAUGCAUUGCUUACCGACGGGAGGACACCGGGGAGUCACAAAAACUUAUAACAGAAUAAAACAUAAUUAUUACUGGGAAAACUUGAAAGCAGAUGUUCAACGGUAUAUACAGCAAUGUUUACAAUGUCAAUUGAAAAAACUUGUACGAGUAAAAACGAAACAACCAAUGAUAAUCACAGACACACCAGGAUCUUCUUUUGAUAAAGUAGCCAUGGAUAUCGUAGGCCCUUUACCUAAAACUGAAAGGGGAAACGAAUAUAUUCUAACAUUACAAGAUCAAUUAACUAAAUUUUGCAUGGGGAUACCAUUACCGAAUCAAACUUCCGAAACCAUCGCAGAAGCUUUUGUAGAUCGAUUUAUUUGCGUACUUGGAGCACCAAAAGCAAUAUUAACGGAUCAAGGCAGAAAUUUCCUUAGCGAUCUGAUAAAGAAAAUUGCAAAAUUAUUUAAAAUUCGUAAAUUUCGCACAACAGCCUUCCAUCCUCAAUCAAACGGAUCAUUAGAAAGAUCACAUCACGCAUUAGGCGAAUAUUUAAAACAAUACGCGAAUGAACAAAAACAAUGGGAUAGAUGGAUUAGCCUUGCCAUGUUUAAUUAUAAUACGAGCGUACAUGAAGCAACAAAGCAUACUCCAUAUGAGCUGGUUUUUGGAAAGAUAGCACGUGUUCCAUCGAACGAACUUCUACCUCCUGGGGAUAAAUUAGCAAAUUACGAUGAGUAUUUAAUAAAUCUUGUAACUCAACUUCACGCAAUUCAGGGAAAUGCACGCGAUAACGUUAUUCAAGCUAAAAUUAAAUCAAAAAAUUAUUACGAUAGAAAAAUUAACCCACAAACUUUUAAACCGGGAGAUCAAGUAUUUUUAUUAAAAGGUCCAAAACCGGGUAAAUUCGGAGAUCAAUAUACUGGGCCUCACGAAGUUCUAGAAAUUUUUAAUAAAAAUAACGUCAAAAUUAGAAUAAAGAAAAAUAGCCGAGUUGUACAUCCUAACCGCUUACGAAUUUCAUAUAUCAAACCUACCGAUAAGGAAUAAUUAUCAAAGAAAUAAUUAUGUAAACUUUCAGAUGGACCUCAACAUUAAGCGAUUAAUUGCGAUACUGGUAGUGCUAAUAAAAAUUUAUCAAACUCUUGGAAUAAUAGGGUAUGACUGCGGAUCUUCUUCAGCAAAUCUAACGACACUAUCUUUAUUAACCAUCGAAGAGUGUGACAUUCCACCGCAAGAUGUUAAACGUGAACAAGUAUAUAUGCAGUUGCUCCAAAUUAACGAAUUUGAAACUGUGAAAGUAAUACAGUGUAAAGUUGAAAUUGACCGAUUAAUAAAAAAAUGUGGAAUGUUCUCUCAUACCAUGGAUGUAUAUAACGGAAAAUAUUCAUACAUAGAAGAAAUACCUCGCGAUAUAUGCAGAAGAAUGCACGAUUAUGGUACCUAUCAAAUGGCCAAUACUUACAUAACUGGUUUAAAAUCAAAUCAAACCACUACACGUCCAAUAACACUCGCUGGCAGUGUGGACAACGACGGAGGCUGUAUCGGAGGAGCAUAUUCCGAUCCUUAUGGAACAUGGACAGAUGUAAUAGUACUUGCAAGCGUAAGAAUUACACUACAAGA